GUUGGUGACAGGUCGCGCGGGAGAACGUGUUUCUGAGGUGAAUAUCUUGGUUGUCAGUGAGGUCACCACCAAAUCUGUCUCUAUGAAACUGCGACGAGCCUCCGUGCAGAGGGGUCGAUGUCAACAGCGAGACGAUGUGAAGUUCUCCAGGGCAGGAGAGAGCAGAAGGGUUCCAAUGCGAGGAACCCUUAAGAAGAACGCUGCUUCCACCUGCUCUGAGAUCAGCACUGUGCUGUUGAACGACACCGAGUCUAGCCAAUCAGAUGACGAGUGUAUCGACCUCACUGUUGUCGGCAGUAGAAAAGCAGACCAAGGGCCUUUGAUUUGCGAUCUGACAAAACGGCCAUUGAGGAAGAGUAGAGAAGGUGAGAGGCAGCCUUCAGAGUUUGUUGAACCUAAAGAAAACUCUGAUGCAACGGUUCAGAAGAUCUCCCUGGCUCCAGGUGCGAUGGCUGAAGACACUCUUGGGAAACUCAGAUUGGCGUCUAACACCUCUAGAAGCCCUGCUGCUUCUCAUGGAGGAAGCAUUGAAGAAUGUGGUUCUGCAUUGGAUAAUUCCAGUACUGAUUGGUUUGUGGAGUCCGGUCCCAGCUCUCCCCACAUCGCUGUUAAUACUGUAAAAUACUGCAGAGAGUGCGAGAGUCUUUUCGCCAGGAUGAGAAGACAGCCGCCACCUAAAACGAAAAGCCGUGACAAGAAUCCGGCAUCUUUAUCGUGUGAUAUGUGGGUCCUUCUCAAGAAGUGGCACCCUCACAAACAUCGUCAUAAGGAGAGGGGAAUACUGUGGAGAAGCCUGUCUCGGAUCAGGAAGCUGGCGUCACAAUGCUCCGAUUCAGUAGCGAUCAACAGAACUCCAGCAGUCUGUUCAAGACCUCAUGUGUUUCAGCAGAGGAAUUUGCGUCGUUGCAAGUAUUUGAUCUCGAUUGAGCCAGAAUUGUCCUUGAGCAUAACAAAGUCACAUCAUCGUAAGAGACCACGAUAUGUGGCCUGGCCGCCCAUCGGUGGGCAACAACGAAGGAAAAGGAAGCCUUCCAUGAACAACACAUUAACCCAGGAGCCACCCAAACAUGGCAUCAGUGUGGCACACAAAGACAAACUACUCCUGCAUGAUGACAUUUCAAGUUUAAAUCCAGCUUCCAAGCAGCACUUCAACAAACAGAAAGGGAACAAUGUCCGCGGCAAGCAUGAAGUGUCUGGUGCCAUGGAGGGAACGCGGCGGGCGCUGAAGUUUGAUGAGACGCUAGAAGCUGCUGAACAGAGGCAGGUUGGUGAAAGCCAGAAUGCUUCCCGGACCAAGGACUUGGAUGGGCAGCAGGAAGAGUUGUCUGAAGAGUCUGAUGGCUUCAGGACGCCGACGGAUCCGUUCAGUGUGAAGCCGAUGGUUACAAGAGCGAGCCAAAAGAGAGAGAUGCCCUCUGCUGAUACCAGGACUACCGUACAGAGGCCAAACUUCAGAUCCAUGUUAGCCACACUGGUGAAGAAUCAGAACCAGAUUAUUCACGAAUCCUGUCAAUAGGUCUUCAGGGACGGGAUUGUUCAUUUUUUCUUGAAGCCUACAAGUGACUGUUAGUCGUUUUAUUUAAGAGACUUGUUUACUUUCUAUCUGUUAAUUGUUUACCUGAAGAGAUCUGUUUUCUGCUAAUAUUUAUUACUGUGCCCUUUAUUUGUGUUCUGCAAUUGCAUUUGCGUCAGAAAAUAAAUCUUGCAUUGACUGAUCAGUUUGUGUGUGCUGGUUACUUGACGUUGGCAUGAACUGCAGUUGCAGAAAUGACCACAGAGCGGCACUGAUUCCAAACAACCUUAAAAAUCUGCACUGGCACACACAACGCAUUACUUGCACCAUUUACCUGAGACCACCUCACAUACCAGUCCGGUAGCCUAAAUUAAAGCAGAAGGUAUGGGAUCAUCUUGAUAGCUGAUAUAUAGGGUUGAGAUAAUGAUAUUAAAAUGACAGUAUUUGUCUUUUUAACCCUAUUGUGUUCAGGUCAUUUCUGACCCGGGUGCGGUCGAUAAUAAUAUUUAACGCUACAUCAUUUUUAGUACGAGAAACUAACUUAGGGACUUUGUCAAGACUAUCAAAAUACACAUAAUAUAUAUUUUUGUUUUUCAGAUUUUUUUAAUAAAGUUGUUGAGAUAUAAUCAUUAAAAACAAAACGUUGAUGCAUCUUUUGUGGGUCAAUUUUGACCCGGGCAUUAAUUGUGGCUUUACACGUGAUGAUAUGUAGAUUUCUUUGUCUAUGAAUUAUUUUCUUAUAAACACUUCACUUACAUUUAGCCUCUCUCAUACUCUCUAACUGGGACUACACACACACACACACACACACACACACAUUUACUAAUUCUCUCUCACACACACAUUCACUCAGUCUCUCUCUCUCGCACACACACACAUUCACUCAAGUCUCUCUCUCUCGCUCACACACACACAUUUACUAAUUCUCUCUCACACACACAUUCACUCAGUCUCUCUCUCGCUCACACUCAUUCACUCAGUCUCGCUCACACACACACAUUCACUCAGUCUCGCUCACACACAUUCACUCAGUCUCUCUCUCUCACACACACUCAUUCACUCAGUCUCGCUCACACACUCACUCAGUCUCUCUCUCUCGCUCACACACACAUUCACUCAGUCUCGCUCACACACUCACUCAGUCUCUCUCUCUCGCUCACACACACAUUCACUCAGUCUCGCACACACACACACAUUCACUCAGUCUCGCACACACACACACACAUUCACUCAGUCUCGCUCACACACACACACACACACACAUUCACUCAGUCUCGCUCACACACACACAUUCACUCAGUCUCGCUCACACACACACAUUCACUCAGUCUCUCUCGCUCACACACACACAUUCACUCAGUCUCGCUCACACACACACAUUCACUCAGUCUCUCUCGCUCACACACACACAUUCACUCAGUCUCGCUCACACACACUCAUUCACUCAGUCUCGCUCACACACUCACUCAGUCUCUCUCUCUCGCUCACACUCACACAUUCACUCAGUCUCUCUCACACACACACAUUCACUCAGUCUCGCUCACACACACACAUUCACUCAGUCUCGCUCACACACACACAUUCACU